CUGGACAUCAAGCAGAAACAUGGUUAAUCGUCGCCAGCGUUUGGAAUUCGCCCUGACCCUUUUGCCCUAUGAUCCCGAGACAGUUCAGCUGUCCGAGAAGCAGAAAAAGGUGCAGGGGAUCAUUGCUCGCCUGCGCACAGAUGACUCCUUUGUGGAGGAAGAGAGCGAGGAUGGGAAGAUGCGCCGUAUCCAAGAUGCCAACGAAUUUGCCGAUUGCGCCAUGCGUCACAUUGAAAUGUCCGACAACGGCAAGCUGAGCACUCUGGAAACCCUAACCCUAGCUGCCGAGAAGUUGCUUCGCUCGCAGCGGGAUGAAGACGACCUGGAACUGGAUCGGGAUUUGGAGGACUACGUGCAGGACGUGGAGAACGCGCAGCUGAUGAGGAACACCAUUCUGGCGGUGAAUGAGGCACGACUAAAGCUUCUCCAGCAAUGGGAGCGUUGCAAGCGCAAGGCUUUGGAUCUGCUGACCAUCGAGAUCGAGAAGGUGCAGGAGAUGGACCAGGAGCAAGAUGAGGAGCAGGAACAGGAGCAGGACCAAGAGCAGAGUUCGGAGCCCUUCGAUAUGUUCUGCGACGGAGCCGAUGAUCACAACACUUCCACCCCGAAAACCAACGACGAGGACCUCGGUUUGGAUGACGAUGACGAGGACUAUGUGCCAGGCGGCGAAGAGCCAACGACUAAUAAGAGGAAGCGCAUCAAGAAGCCAGUCACCUCCACUCCAAAUGCCAAGCGUCCGUGUCCCGGCUUCGAGUUCGACCAGGACAGUGAGUCGCCGAUGGUGAUGAUCGGUCCCAACGGCACCGAGGUGUCCCGUGUCAGCCUGAGUGCCAUCAACUGGGACAUGACCGGACCCUCGAUCACCAGGAAGCUUCUCUGCGAGAUCUUCGACCGGGACACCUUGGCCCAUCACACGCUCUCCGGAAAACCUUCGCCGGCCUUUAGGGACUGCGCCCGUCCCAGUAAACAACAGUUGGAUCCGCUUAAGGUCGCCGAUCUGGUCUACCUAAUGACCAACAGUCUGGACAUGACUCCUCGGGAGGUGCGGACCGCCAUUACCACGAAAUGUGCGGAUGAGAACAAGAUGCUCCGCUCGCGAAUGCAGCGCAAGGGGAAGUAGGCGUAUUCCAGAAGAAGACCUUAAGAAUCAAAGAACAUCUUUGAGAUUUAAAAGGGUUCUUUAGUAAUGGUUAAGGAUUCCAAUUCUGCCAAUUGUUUGGUUUCUUAAAGAUCUCUUUAAGAAAUUCUCAACAACUGAAAUUUUACCUUUCCUUAAGUAAUUCUCAACUUGAAAAUUUGUCUUUAAUCCCCAAUUUUAUACUUGUUGAGAACUUAUCCCGAUUUUAUAUUUAACAAAGUCACCGGCACAGCCGAAAAGAGCCAGUGCACCUAUCUAUGUAUGUAUACUCAAACAAAAUAAA